CCGUCCUCUUUUCGACAGAAAGCACCACAUAAUGACUGAAACGCAAGAAAUGGUGAUUAUACUAACGGGAGCUUCAAGAGGGAUCGGCCAAGCAAUUGCCCACUAUCUCCUCUCCCGAAGCCAUAAACUCGUCCUCAUAUCCCGGAAUCACGCCGCCCUUGACCAAUUACACUAUCAAUACGGAUCUGAUAGCGUGGAAGUGCUCGCCGGCGAUCUGUCCGACUUCUCCUUAGCGGCUAAAGCCGUCGACAUCGCCAACGACCGUUGGGGCAGAUUAGACGCCCUCGUCGUGAAUCACGGAACUCUGGAUCCGGUCAAGAAGAUAGCGGAUUGCAGCCCAGAAGAGUGGAGAAAGGGAUUUGAUAUCAAUGUGACUAGUGCCGUGGCGUUGAUCCGAGCCGUGCUUCCCUCUCUGCGCAAAACCCGAGGUCGUAUCAUCUUGACGUCUUCGGGUGCGGCUAUUAAUGCGUACCAAGGCUGGGGUUGCUACGGUGCCAGCAAAGCCGUGCUCAACCACAUUGCGCUCACUCUAGCGGUCGAAGAACCUGAUGUUACGACAAUCUCUGUUCGCCCAGGCGUUGUGGAUACUGAAAUGCAGCGGGAGAUUCGCGAGGUGCACAACAAGUCGAUGAGUGAGAAGGAUGCAGCAAAGUUCCUUGGACUGAAGAAGGAUGGCGGCUUACUGAAGCCAGAGCAACCGGGCCACGUGAUUGCCAAGUUAGCAGUCUCAGGCAAGACGGAGCUAAGUGGGAAGUUUCUGAACUGGAACGACGGAGUGUUGGCGGAGUUUCAAGAAGCAUUGUGAGAGGAAGCCGGGAAGAAGCUAGACAGAUCCAUGGAGGUAGAGAGCCGGGGUCACGACCCGGAAGCAAAGAAUGAAAUACUGACGUGGG